AUGCCUCCUAACGUCCAGGUUGCGUCUCUAGCGGCCGGGUCCGUCGCCUUGUUUCUAGCGGGCCUCGACAGUAUCCCCGCUAUCAAAAGUAUCGCCGAUCGAAUCGCGCACAGAUCAGCUCCCCAGGAUGAGGCCAGUUUAGCCAAAACCGCCUAUCGUGAUGAAGACGGCGAGGCGACAACGGAAUCUCUAAAGGCAUUUUCAGAUUGGUGGCAACGAGUCGCGAUUGCGGUUUUCUCCGGCAGUGGAUUCCUCGUCACUCUCGCUUUGGCCGUUCUUACCACGUUGAGAUACGAUACAGAUUAUUUAGUUCUAGCUUGGCUUGAACUUGGAAUUUGGGCCUUCCUUUCCGUUCAAGCUAUUGCGUUCUUCACCGAACCUCGUCCAACGAGUCGUUUCGAGCUAGGUCAAUUUGCUUUCGGUGGCAGUUUGACUGCCCUCGCGAUUAGCGGUAUUCACAUUCGACUAGCAUGGGACUCUGAAAAUGUCUUCCUUCAUGAGCAGCCAUGGAUUGUUCUGGUCUCCGUACAACUUGCCAGUGCGCUCCUGCGCGCGCUAUUCAGUAUUCUUCUCCCACGCCGACCCAACGUCUACUUCGAUGGCCAGAUCGUUGACAGGGAGCUUACAGUAACUGCUUUUGGCCGUUAUACAUUCUCCUGGGCUGGAUCGAUUCUCGGCUAUGCCGUUAAGAACAGAACACUUGCGCUUACUGACUUGCCCAAGCUUCGGUCGGCAAAGAGGGCGGAAAGCCUUCGCGCGCAUUUCGAACAGGCUAGAGGAUCGCGAAAGAUUUGGAAAGCUCUCAUCUUUGCGCACUGGGAUACGCUGCUUUUCCAACUUUUCCUGACUAUGGUCAUUAGCGUCCUGAGUUUUGGACCACAGAUGGCCUUGUUUAAUAUCCUUAAGUCGCUGGAGACCCGUGGAACCGACUCAUUUGAUCCGCUUCAAACCUCCCUUUGGGUUCUUGCGCUUGGUGGCUUGAUGUUACUUUAUUCGAGCUUUGAAGCGUGGCUAUUCUGGGCUGUCUGCUCGAAGCUUUUCGUCCCAAUCUACGCUGAGCUCUCGGCCGUCGUUUUCGCCAAGUCUAUGCGCCGGAAAGAUGCUAAGAAUACCAAAAAGUCCAAGAACAAGGAUGAUCCAGAGGCAUCUGCCAAGGCAUUGCUUAAGGAACAAGAUGGGGAGGAAGAUGAAGACGACGAGGCCUCGCUUAAGAAGAACCGACAAAGCAUUAUUAAUCUUGCAGCCGUGGAUGCGAGACGUAUUUCGGACUUUACUUCUUACUCUUAUCUGAUUCCACUUGCAAUGCUGAAAGUCUUUAUUGGCUGCAGCUUCCUAGUCAAAAUUCUCGGCUGGCGCAGUGCUUUUGCUGGAAUUGCCGUGUCGCUGCUCGUCACUCCACUAAACAUUUUCGCCGCGAAGAAAUAUACCGCUUCACAGGACAAGCUCAUGAAGCUCCGAGACCAGAAAAUGGCUAUUGUCACUGAGGUCCUUCAAGGAAUCCGUCAAAUCAAGUUCUCCGCCUUGGAGGAACAGUGGCAGAAGAAGAUUUGCCAGGCGCGAGAUGCAGAGCUGGGAGCCUUGUGGAUCUCGUUCUUGUAUGAUAUUGUUCUCUUGGGAAUCUGGAUCCUCGGUCCCAUCGGUCUUUCUGCUAUCUCGCUUGCCGUUUACGCCUUGAUUCAUGGAGGACUAAGUGCAUCUGUUGCCUUCACUGCAAUGGCCGUCUUUGGUGCUCUGGAAAUGUCUCUUGCUAUUCUACCUGAAAUCAUUUCCAACGGCCUCGAGGCAAAGGUCAGUGCGGAUCGCAUUGAUGUUUACAUGCAGUCGGCGGAGAAGAUUGUCAACACCGUUGCGUCUGACAGUAUUGCUUUCGAGAAUGUCUCCGUAGGCUGGCCAGCGGAUAAGGCAGAUGACGAAGAAGAGGACGAAGAUCGAUUCCUCCUGCGGGAGUUGAAUCUGGCUUUCCCCAAGAAGGGCCUCAGUGUUGUCUCCGGACGAACAGGGUCUGGCAAGAGUCUGCUUCUCGCAUCGAUUCUGGGUGAAUGUGAUGUCCUCCAAGGAACCAUCAAAGUCCCCGUUCCGCCUCCUAUCAAGGAUCGUUUUGAUCACCUGGCUACGAGUGCGAACUGGAAUAUCGACUCGGCCAUUGCAUAUGUUGCACAAAUUCCAUGGAUUGAGAAUGCCACAAUCAAAGAUAACAUUCUGUUUGGUCUGCCUUACAAUGAAGAGCGCUAUCGAAAGACACUUUUCGCAUGUGCGCUGCAGAAGGAUUUGGAGAUGAUGCCUGACGGCGAACUAACUGAUAUCGGUGCCAACGGCGUAAACUUGAGUGGUGGCCAGAGAUGGCGAGUAUCCUUCGCUCGUGCGUUGUACUCCAGAGCCGGUAUCCUGGUUAUGGACGACAUCUUCAGUGCCCUUGACGCACACACUGGUCGCCAUGUCUUUGAAAAUGCUCUAACGGGCGAGCUCGGCCAAGGCCGAACUCGGAUUCUUGUCACGCACCAUGUUGCACUGUGUCUCCCGAAGACUGAUUACUCUGUUCUUCUAGAAAACGGAUGCGUCAAGUACGCGGGAACCAUUGAUGAUCUCCGCAAGGAAAAUCAUUUGAAUGAUAUUCUCCAGGAAGAGCACGAGGCAACAGAGGAAGACCAAAGCACACUCAACGAGGAAUCGGCGGCUCUUGGCCCCGAAGAGAGUACUCUCCAGAAAGUCAUCUCGAAUACAUCACGUCGCCGACCAAGUCACUCACAGAACGACACUGCGCCGAAGGGUGCGUCACCUAAGAAGUUCAUCGAGGAUGAGCAGCGAGAGGUUGGCUCUGUCCGGCUUUCAGUUUAUGCCAGUUACUUUUCGAUGGGUGGGCAUAUCGUCCUCUGGCUUCUUACGAUAUUUGUGUAUCUCUGCUAUUCCAGUCUGAUGGUUGGACGUUCUUGGUGGAUCAAUGUCUGGACAGGCUCAUCGUCCAGCACACAGGUGCAUCCUGAACAAUUUUCUGCCCUGCUACAACAUACUAUGUCUACGCAGUCUGCGCAGUCGAGUACAGAGGAUGAUAACUUACAAUGGUAUCUCGGCAUUUACGUUGGAAUUUCAGUCCUUGCUUGUAUGAUUGGAACGGCUCGUUUCUAUUUUAUUCUCUCCGCCAGCGUGCGUGCAUCGAGAAAUCUCUUCAACAGCCUCACCUUUGCGAUCCUGCGUGCGCCUCUACGAUGGCUGGAUACCGUCCCUCUCGGACGUAUCCUGAACCGAUUCACAUCUGAUUUCCACAUGAUCGACUCGCGAAUCGGAUACGAGCUCGGCUUUUUCUGUUCCCAGGUGCUGGAAGUGUGCGGCAUUCUUGUUGCUGGAGUCGUGGUCUCUCCAUUAGUCCUUGUUCUAGCGGGUAUCCUGUUUGUGAUUUGCAUGAAGCUUUCCAUGACAUAUCUAGCAGGUGCGCGAGAGAUCAAGCGUCUAGAGAGUACUGCGAAGAGUCCUGUAUUCGAACAGUUUGGAUCCAGUCUGGCUGGUUUGAUCACCAUCCGUGCAUUCAGCAAGAGCGAAACCUUCAUCGAGAUUAUCUAUAGUAAGAUCAAUGCCCAUGCUCAAGCAUGGUGGACGAUGUGGCUCUUCAACCGGUGGUUGGGCAUUCGCAUGAACCUCGUGGGCGCGAUCUUUUCGACUCUGACAGCUGCUCUCGUGGUUUCUCUGCCUGGAAUUUCGGCUUCGCUUGCUGGAUUUGCGCUCAGCUUUGCGCUGCAGUGCAAUACUGCCAUCGCUUUCGUUCUACGACAGUACGCUAACAUCGAACUCAACAUGAAUGCUACAGAGCGUGUCAUCGAAUAUUCCAAGAUUGAGCUCGAGAACCAGGGAGGUGUUGAUGCACCCGCUGCUUGGCCCACGGAGGGUCGCUUGGAAGUUAACGACCUGGUGGUUGGAUAUGCACCAGAUCUCCCGCCGGUCCUCAAGGGUCUCAGCUUCACCGUUGAGAAGAACCAGCGUGUCGGCGUCGUGGGCCGUACCGGAGCGGGCAAGUCGUCCUUGACUCUUGCUCUCUUCCGAUUCCUGGAAGCACGCGAAGGUCAGAUUCUCAUCGACGGUCUCGAUGUUUCAAAGAUCACACUCCACGAUCUCCGGAGUCGUCUAGCAAUUAUCCCCCAAGAUCCCGUCCUCUUCUCCGGUACCGUCCGGACCAACCUCGACCCCUUCGAUGAGUACAGCGACACAGAGUUGAAAGAUGCAUUGGCUCGCGUGCAUCUAAUCUCUAGCACCGUCUCGGACGAUGAGGCAACACUGACCUCUCAAGCCGCGACACCGCCGCAGUCCACCAUCACCGGCGCAACAACGCCUGAUACAGCGACCGCACAGCAAGCUAACACGAACAUAUUUACCUCCCUAUCCGCUCCCAUCUCAGAGGGUGGUCUCAAUCUCUCUCAGGGACAACGGCAACUCCUCUGCCUCGCUCGUGCUAUCGUCUCCCGGCCCAAGAUCAUGGUGCUGGACGAGGCCACUUCUGCAGUGGACAUGGAGACCGACGCGCUGAUCCAGCAGUCUAUCCGCGCGGAAUUCGGUCGUAACGCGACUACUCUGCUCGUUAUUGCUCAUCGUUUGAGCACUAUUGCUGACUUUGACCGUAUUUUGGUCAUGGAUGCUGGCAAGGCGGUUGAGUUUGGACCCCCUAAGGAUCUUAUGGGGAUUGAGAAUGGUGUGUUUAAAAAUUUGGUGGAUAACAGUGGAGAGAAGGCUGUUUUGGAGAAAAUGAUUUUUGGUGAGCAGUAA